AGACCAAUCCUGAGCAAUCCCAGCCAGCCAUUGGUGCACCAGAAUCUUUGAAAGACCCCGGAAAACAAAUGGAGGGUCGUUCAUUAUGUCUCAGCGAUCAGGUCGACAAACGACGCUCUUUCAAACUUGGGGAUAUGAAGGCAACAUGCCCAAUGAGGCUUCACCAAUCCCCUCCAACACGUCCAAUGCCCAACGAUCGUCUCAUUUCACCGGGCAUGCCUCGAUCUUCAAGAGUCCCGAUCCUUUGGCCAACAUCGUCCCAGAUGAGGAAGAUGAUCAUUUGGGCGAUGAAGAAGACGAUGCUUUUUUGAGCCUAGCUUUGGAGGAAAGUCUGGCUCAACGAGAUUUUGAUGCUUCCAUAGCCUCGGGCACCACUCAACCCCCGGUUUUGCCUGUGGCCACGCCUCAGGAAGAUUUACCGGGCUUCGAUGUGGAGGCGGGCCGGUCAUGGGUGUACCCGAUCAAUUAUACCUUACGUACCUACCAAUUUGAUAUUGUCAAAGCUUGCUUGUAUCAGAACACGUUAGUGACCUUGCCCACGGGCUUGGGCAAGACCUUCAUAGCUGCGGUGGUCAUGUACAACUUUUUCCGUUGGUAUCCGUCGGGCAAAGUGGUUUUUAUGGCGCCCACCAAACCAUUGGUGGCCCAGCAAAUCGAGGCUUGUUUCAAAAUCAUGGGAAUUCCUCAGAGUGAAACUAUGGAAAUGACAGGCAAUGUAGCCAUUGGCGCGCGAGAAAAAGCUUGGAAAUGCAAAAGAGUGCUCUUCAUGACACCUCAGGUGAUGUCCAACGACUUGAGCCGAGGCCUUUUUCCUUCUCGUCAAGUGAAACUGUUGGUGGUGGAUGAGGCCCAUAGGGCCCAAGGAGAUUAUGCGUAUUGUCAAGUUGUGAGAGAGCUACAAAAGUCAUCGAAUCCCCACUUUCGAGUGGUUGCCCUCUCCGCUACUCCAGGAAGUGAUAUCCAAGCCGUUCGCCUGAUGCUCCAAAAUCUCAUGAUCUCCCAUAUCGAACUAAGGAGCGAAGAUUCGCCGGAUAUUGUGCCGUACACAUUUCAGAGAAGCAUAGAAAAAGUUGUGGUUCCUUUAGGGCAGGAGCUCACUUGCGUGAAGAACAAAUUUCUAACCAUCAUGGAACAUUUCGUUCGAAGGCUAGCCAAAAAUGGCGCUCUGAUUCGCCGCGGGAAUAGUGUGAACCCCACGCAUUAUACCAAGUUUGGCCUUUUGCAAUCCCGGAAUGAGUUUCGUCAGAAUCCACCAGCUACAGUGGAUCGCACCACACAGGGUGUGGUUGAAGGUGACUUUGCCUCAGCCAUAUCCUUAUAUCAUGCGUACGAGUUGCUCCUUCAACAUGGAAUGCGAACUUUCUUCAACUUUCUGACGAAAUCUAUGGACGAACAAACAGGAAAUCGCCGACUCCGUUACGAACUAAAUCGGCUUCCUGUGUGGCACGAGAUAUCCUCAGCCAUGACCGAGAAAUUUGUUGAAGAUCCCAAGAACGCCAAGUUGAACUCAAGUCGACCCCAACUUUUAACGCAAUUUGGAGCGGCCAAAGGUAGUCAAGAGACCAAUUUGGUGCUCGGACAUCCGAAACUUGAAAGACUCCGGGAGAUGGUCCUGGAUCAUUUUAAAGCCAAACAGGCUGAGGGCCUGGAUACCAAGGUCAUGAUCUUUUCCCAAUACCGAGACAGUGUGCAAGAGAUCACCGCCUGUCUUCAUUUCCAUCGACCUCUAAUUAAGGUCAUGGAGUUCGUAGGUCAAGCAGGAACCAAAGGGAAAAAAGGCCUAAGUCAAAAGGAGCAAAUUGAAGUGGUCAAACGAUUCCGAGAGGGCGGAUUUAACACUCUCGUGGCCACGUGUGUUGGCGAAGAAGGCUUGGAUAUCGGCGAAAUCGAUCUUAUUGUGUGUUAUGAUGUAUCGAAAUCCCCCAUAAGACUGGUCCAACGAAUGGGUCGCACCGGUCGAAAACGUGCUGGAAGAAUUAUUGUGCUUGUCACUGAGGGAAAAGAAGAGAACACCUAUAACCAAUCCAUGUAUUCCAAGAAUUCAAUCAGCAAGGCGAUUUUGGAAAAACACAAGCUGGCGAGUUUUCUUACGCCUUCCCCUCGAAUGGUGCCCAAAGGAAUGAACCCAAUCUGUCAUAAGAUGUCCAUGAUUGAGAGGACCUUCCAACUAACCGGCAAGGACAAAAAAGCUAAAAGCGGAGGUGAUCAGGGUCAUCGCAAGAUAUCCGGCAUGCUGGGUUCAACUUCAACUGGAGGCACCAGUUUUCGGGCCAAGUCGGGGUUUCUGGACACGGAAGAGUUGGCCCAUUGGCAAACUCACUAUUAUGUCCCGGAAGAGACAGUUCCAGUUCUCAAAAGUAAGAUGGAGUAUUGGGCCUUGGAGAAAGAGCCUGCUCAAUUGGGACGGGUGUUUGAUCUCUCGGAAUGGAUUUUGUGGCAAGAUAGGAAGCCUGAUCGCCGAUUCUUGGGUGAAUCCAUGUCGGCAAAUAUGCUCUUCAAGACCUUAUCUUUCAUUCAAAAAGAUAUGGAUUUCUCCGAGUACGAUUCAAAAAUGAGACUCUGGAUGGCUAGUGAGAAGGAAAAUGAGGACAUUGGUGAAACAAGAGAUGAGAGAAACUUGAUUAAAAAAGAGAUACCAAGGGUCCAAAAAGUCAAGGAAAAUCCUGUGUUGGCCCUUUUUAAGCAACAGGCAAUGAUCAAAGGAUCCUCAAUUCUCCCCUAUUCCGAGGAGGAAAAUGAACUCGAGAUAAUUGAAGUACCUCAACCAGUGGGGUCACCGCCCGAGGUUGUUUUGCUCGAUGACGGUAACGAGUUGGGUACUGAUAACCCUGAUGAAGACAAGGACGAUGAAAACGACAAAUUGUUCCAGGAGACGUUUGAGGAAAUAUACCAUAACUUAAGGAUACCCAAAUACCAAUCUCCUCCAAGCUUUGAGAGGAUCAAUGCUCAGAUUGCCUCCAUGAGCCAGGAAAUGAUUGAUGCCCUUGAAUUUGGGUUCGGAGUGAAAGAGGGAUCCACUCAAACGUUUUUUACGACAAAGUGUGCCCUUGAGGAGAUUUUCUCCCAUCCAGAGCAAUUCGUGGUCCAAAGUGAGGAGCAUCCUUGUAUCUCGCCAGUUUUGAAAGCAACAAAACGCCACGUCUCCACUCGAAAGCAUCAUUUAGGACGUCCAUUGUCGUCCACUCCCACUAACAUGGGAGAAACACAACGCCCGCAAGAUCAGAGGUCAAAGAUAUUACCUUGUCUGCUCGACAAAUCCCCGAUUGAGACCCGAAUGACUGGGUCUCCAACCCCGAAAGUUAAUCAUUCCAAGAAAGGGCGGUGCCUUUCGUUUCCAUCCUCUCCUCAAAUCCAGGACCAAGUACAUGACGACAGUCUCAACGCCUUAUUUCAAGACAGUUCUAUUGACUUGGUGCCUAAUUCAAUGGAAAUGGUCCCUCCUAGAGACGGUCACGAUCAAAUUGAUGCAAUCGAAAAGUCUUUUAGUUCCAAGGGUUUAUUUGAUAGCUGGGACGGUGCAAGCCAAAAUAAGGACGAGGAUAAUGAUAUGGAUAUGUCAGAAUGUAUGGGGCCUAGUACGUCUCGUGGGCAACAAUCUCUCUACUCAGCGACUCAACUUGCGUUAUGGAUGGACGAAUCUACUACGCCUUCCAAAGAAAGGCCGAGGAAAAGGGUAGCUUCGAAAUUUCAAUUCGAACCAGAAAUUGAUGGAAAAACCGUUCAAGGGAAGGAUGCGUUAACGCCUCUAAAGCAUGAGUCUGAAUUAGACAUGUUCGGUAGUGACGACGAAGACGCCUUUUUCGCUAAUCUAGACGUGGAUGAGAAGAGCGGAGGGAACCAUUCCAUUAGUGCCAAGCGGUUCAAACUACCGAACCUGUCGGAAUACGAGACAAAAUGUUCGACACCCAAAGCUGCUCCAGGUGUUCACAAAAUGAAGACCAUUCAUCAAAAUGCAGAAAUUUCGAUUGCCACGAGCCAUCCGACAAUGGAGGCUUCACAAACUCAAAACAGCCCUGUGGUAUCACAUUUAACGUCAAAACGGCAGACGAACCUGUCGGAAUACGAGACAAAAUGUUCCACACCCAAAGCUGCUCCAGGUGUUCACAAAAUGAAGACCAUUCAUCCAAAUGCGGAAAUUUCGAUUGCCACGAGCCAUCCAACAAUGGAGGCUCCACAAACUCAAAACAGCCCUGUGGUAUCACAUUUAACGUCAAAACGGCAGAACAAACGACGUCUAUUAGUUUUGGCAUCUUCCUCGUCAUCGGAGGAUGAGAACGACCUUACGAAGGAUGCUUCCGCCUCUUCUCAUUUUUCAAUUCCUGAAAGUGUGGGGGCAAAAAAUCGAGAAGGUAAGUCUCGAAGGAAAGCUUCCGAUUUCCUUGAGCUGGAGGCAGCACUUUCAGGUGAAGCUGAAUCAGACGAGGAUUGCGACGGUGAUGACCACCUUGAUGGAUACGAUGCCAGUUUUGUCGAUGACAGACAAACCUUCAAUCAAAGUGGGCUGAGCGAUGAGAAGCAAAGGCUCGUGUAUCUCAAAUCCGUCCGGAGUCCAACUAACGCGAGAGAUUUUCUAAAGGCCUCCAAGAACUUGAGACCGAUCACGGAAGAUAUCUUCUCGCAAAUGCCAGAACCGGAAGAACCAGUAUACCAAGCCGAUUCAUUUUGUGUCGGUAGUGACGAAGAAAUUGAAGAAGCUCCACAGUUUACUCAACUCAAUACUAUGGACCUCUUGGCCGAUACAUCGGGCAAUCAGUCGGUGCUUCAACCUCGGAACCUCAAGUCGAAGACCCGAUUAAAGCAACAAUUCGAGCAGUUUUACGGCAAGAGAUCAUCCAAACUUGAAGACCAGAGCAUUGGGUCAAACCGAGUGGGAAAUGAGGCCAAGGCUCCGAAAAAUCGCAUUGCUCAAGGCGGAUGUGUUUCCUCAAGCGAGGACGAGUCAUCAAUCUUAACGUCCCCAAAAGCCUCAGUUUUGUCCUCAUCUUAUCCUACACGGCAAAUUGCAGGCGAAUCAGUUCCAAGUUCAAAUCAAACAACGGCCGUACCUUCAACGUCUGAGCCGGUGAAAAUGCUUCAGCCAGAGCUAAAUCAAUCCCUGGAGGAUGAUCAGAAACUCACUGUACUCGUUAACUCGUCAGAAGUCCACAAAAUCCCGAAUCUAAUCUCGUGUUUGAGGCAUGAACACGGGUUUGCCAUCCAGGUGAGGCCCUUCGAAGGUGCAGCGAUUCUCCUUUCACCUCGCACCGCCGUAGAUCGCAUUACAGCGGCAGAUUUUACCAAUGGGGCUAAUCGUCACAAGAUUGUGGAACGUUGUCAGCGAAUGAACGAUUUAUUUGAGAGACCUUGCCUUCUCAUUGAAACGGAGAGAAACGGGGAAAGUGUUCCUCGGACCCACCGCUCCAAGUACUACGAUCUCCUUCUCAGCCAGUUGAGCCAAUCCAAGAUCUUGUAUUACUUCACCCAAUCGCAAAUGGAAUCGGCUUCGGUUCUUGGAGCUUUGUUGCGGGGAGAGGAGAAGAAAAAGUUCCUUCUGCCUCGACCCUUGAAACUAUCCCCAUUAGACGAGCAAAUCCUGGCCUUUUAUCAAACUCUCCCUGGCGUGGGCCUUGGCACGGCCUUGCAACUAGUCCACGGAUUUUCGUCCUUGGGCGACUUGGCCAGGUCCGCCCCAGCCACGAUUAUGAAUCGAACUCACUUGAGCGAGAAAAAAGCGCGAGAAAUUCAAAGCUAUUUCCGUCGAGCUUUUGAACCAGAUCUGACACAUGCUGGGAAUCGUUGAGAUAUGAACUGUUGAAAGUCGAUGAGGUGAAAGAAUUAAAUUCAAAUGGUAUGUCGCCCCUAA